AUGACACCUGAAACAUCCAUUACGAAUGAAGACUAUCUGCCACUCAUAGGCUCUGAUACGGAUGCUGAACUUCAAACUUCUUCGGAUACUGACAGUAUCAAUUUCGUACCAUCAAAACAAAAUGACAAUAGUUUAUCGUUUUCAAUUUUUGAUAGUUCUUCCAAUCCAUCAAGAGCAAGUAGUUAUAAACGAAAACAUUCACCUUAUUUUUAUAAUAAACAAAAUAUUAAUAUUGAUAACUAUCCAAACGUGGGUGAAUUACUUUGGAAUGAAGGAAAAACGUUUAGUGAUGUUAGAUUGACAUUCGAAGAUAAAGGUGUUCUAGCUAACUGCGCCGGAAUACCUUCAGAGCUUCGUUUACACUCUGUCGUCUUAUUUCAAUCUCAAUUCUUUAAAGAGCAACUCUCACAAUCACCUUCAAUGUUAAAACGAAAUAUUAUUAAUGAAAAACAAAUCAUUGUGAGAUUACCUACUCAUGUUAACGAAGAAGAUAUUAUUAACUUUUAUUGCACGUUAAAAUUAAUUUAUACAAAAAAAUGGGAUCUGGAAUUAGCAAAUAAUUUAUCGAAAGGUGUUGGAUGUUUAUCAGUUUGCUGUGAAAUUGGAUUUCAAGAAGGAAUUGAAGCUUGUUGGAAAUGGUUGGUUAGAAAAUGUAAUCGCGAUAGAAAUUUUGAGAUGAUGAAACUAUUAAUAGACGCUUAUCCAAAUUUACAUGAAAAAUUUACCCAUCAAGUUGAACCUGUUUCAAAACCUUUCUUUAAUUAUUCAAAUUUAUCAAGAAAUCCAAGAAGUAAAAGAAGAUCACGACGUAAUAAUCGACCAAAACAUUUAUAUAGAAAAAAUUCUCAUGAUACUUCAACUUCACCUACGUCGGCCACCUUUUCAAAUCCUUUAGUAUUAUCACACACAUCUCAUCCUUUUCCUGUUUUAUCACAUCCACCAACGCAAUUUGAUAAUCUUCGAAUACUUAAUACAUGGAUAUCAAAAUUUGAAUCAUAUUCAAUAUCUUCAAAAAGAUCUUGCGCAAAAUUUCCUUUUGAAGCCAGAGAUGAUAAUAGAUGUUUCCCAUUUAUUAAACGUUUUAGUUCCGUUUUUGAUUCAAUUAAUCAACUUGGUCGAUCUAAAUGUAUUACAUCUUCUCAAUGUCUUGAUUUUGCUCUUCGUAUGUUAAAUGUGAUUAAAAUUGAACAUUCACAUUUUCAUAAAUUACAUAUUCAACCAUUGAAUUUAAAUGAUGAUAAAUCACAAAAUUCAUCGGAAGAAAUUAACAAUACUACAAGAAAAUCAUUAUCAUCAACAAACAAAAAAAAUAAAUUAUUAUCUUCAUCAUCAAUAAUACUUCAUGAAUCAUUAGAUGAACCAUUAUCUAUAUUAUUAAAAGAAAUAUUAUCACCUGUAGAACAAAAGCAUUUAUGUGAUUAUUUAUGGGCUCCAAAUAGUUUGGUUAAAGGUUCAAGGGUUAGUCAAGUUGAACACAUGGUGGUUGGUGAAAAAAUGGUAAAGAUCAUGAGAGAGAUUAUGUCUUCAACAAGUUAA